GCGCAUGUCGAAUUCGUCAUUCAUCGUUCGCUUGGCCGACAUCGCGGAACAUUCUUUUUUCCGCAUCUACUAAUUUUGCCAACGAGAUACAGCAAUUACAAUAAUACAAAAUGCCUAACCAGGUGUUGACUAUAGAGCCGCCAAACGAGCUUAAGUUUAAAGUUGAUUUCACAGGACUGUUUGAGCAAGGGUAUACCACCUACAUGCGACUGAUAAAUCCAAGCACUGAGACAGUACUCUUCAAGAUCAAAACUACUGCACCUAAGAAAUAUUGCGUGCGACCCAACUCUGGAGUGCUUGAGCCGAAUUCCAAAGUUGAAAUAGCAAUUACACCACAGCCCGUUUAUGUUGAUCAAAAUGAAAAACAUAAACAUAAGUUCAUGGUUCAAAGUGUUAUUGCACCAGAGGGGAAGACCAACUUAGAGCAAGUGUGGAAAGAGAUCAGCCUUGAUCAGCUCAUGGAUUACAAGCUGAAAUGCGUGUUUGAGUCACCCCGCAAUUUGAACGACGCCGGCGAUAACGUCGCGCAGAACGAAGUGACGAAGAAACGAGUGGCCGUGGCCGAUGAGGCCAAGUCGACAACAAAGGACGCUGUAGAAAGUCUCAUCCAAAAUGAGGCAAAGCGGAAGGAUGAUGACCACACAUCUGGAAAUUUAAGCGCGAAAACGACUUUCCCAAAAUCGGAAAAUGUGGAAAGUGAUUUGCAGAAAGCUACUUUAGAAGUCAUUAUGUUGAGGGAAGAAGAGAGCAAAUUAAGACAAGAAAAUCUGCAACUAAAAGAAGAGUUGCUGCGUUUGCACCAGUCCGCGGGCGGCGACGGGCGCGCGGUCCGCCCGCACUCGUACGGGCCGGAGAAAACGGCGCAGACCGCGUCGGUGCCGUGGCUGGCCACCGCGCUAGUCAUGGCCUUCAUCGGCAUCAUCAUCGGCAAGUUCCUCAUGUGAAUCAACCGUCGCCGCGCGCGGUGACCCAACAACACCUCACGAACACCGCUGUUACACCACUCCCGAGUGAUGCCACGAUUGAUUCGAUACCGUAUGACGACACGUGACAAUGUAAUCGUCGAUUCUACGGUUAUUUUUACAGAUUUUUCGUUUUGAAAAUUCACAUUUACAUUUCUAACAAUCUCCUUUCGGUAUCAUGCGGAGGUUGGUUAAUAUUACAGUAUUAUAACACCACAAUAGUGCCUUUUAUGCUGGGCUUCAUUUACUAUUAAUCGUUUACGUGUAAAGCCGUUAAAAAUCAAAAUGUUUAUGGUAUUUCUAUUUUUUUAAUUUUAGAAAAUAACCGUAGUUUUAAUCGAUGAUAUUGCUGCUUAUAAUCGUUAAUGUUGUUAAAUGAUGGAAUCGUGGGAUCACUGCCACCCAACGCAUCCCUCUCGCACAAGGCAGCUUAAGGAUUAUAUGAGAACUACCUGGAAGCUUAGUUUUUGAGCUCAUAAUUACGACGCGACCUCUCAAUAGUAAAUUGUUGCCAACUAUUCAAGUUCAAUAAACAGACUCGUACCUACAGCAGAAUGUAGCGUUUAGUAGCGGAACAAUGUACUGACACAUGAGUCGGGUCCGCACGGAGGAACGAACGUUCGGUUCGCGUGAAUGCACGCAAAUUACUGAUAAGAACCUAGUUCAACUUCGAACUUGUCCACGUAGAACGUAUAUUUCGAUCACCUCGGUCAUUUUUACGGACACUGUUAACCCUCAACCAGUCAAUGGGGAUAAGUCACCAAACAUUCGAACUUUCUUCUCCGAUCCAGGGUUUAUGUUCGUAAGUGACUCACAGUUGUUAUGUAUCAACAACUUUGCCCAUCCGUGCGUACCUGCCUACAAAGUAUUAUAGGUACAGCUGUCACGUUUCGUUCCAUAAAUUCAGUCGUUUAAAACAAUAAUUUAUUAAUUGUUAGCAAGGUAAAGGCACUAAUAGUUGACUCUACAUAGUUUAUGAAGAACCUUAAAAACUAUGGUAAUGUUAUAAUGACAAAAAUUAGAAGUACUGUUUAACUAAUUACCUGUUUAAAUAAGUGGGUACUCAUUGUUCGUCUAAUUUUUUAUGUGUAUCAUGCAGAAGAUAAAGUUAUUUUGAAGAUAAAGAUAGUUAUGCUCAUUGAGUAGGAUUUAGUGCCUUUGCUUGCCUAUUUACUGCAACAGUAGUUUGAUGUCGCUUACUUCAUUUAUAAUUUUACUUACAAAAAACUGUUGAGAUUUAGACAAUUUUUCCGUGAUACUAAUAUCCCAUUACAUUAACCAUUUGCAGUUAUUAAUUUUGUAUUUAUUAUUAGAAAGUUCUGUACGAACUAGCAAUUAGCUUGUAUUUCUGUUCAGUUUAUUAAUAUAGAUGAAGAACCGUAUAGUCUGCAAUCAUUACGACCGUUACAUAGGUCAUCACGAUCAUUUUAUAGGGCAAAUCAUUACAAUAACAUGACUAAAUAUCACCUACUGGGACCCUUAACCAGGCUUAGGUUUCAACCGUACAUCCACAGCAUUUAGCUCAAAGAAGAACGGUCAUCUGUGACCCAGACCCGACAGAAACGAGACAUACCUCAGUUUUUUUGUCAUGUCUUAAUUAGUUAAAUUAUAUAUUUUUUAUAUUCGAAAUCUAUGUAUAACACCAAAAUAUUACCCUUUGUUUUUGUUCAGGCGUUAUACAUAAACUAAUACAAAAUGCCUAUUUAUCACCAAAAUUGGUAAAUGUAUGUACCUAAAUGUCUAUUACAGCUGCUAUGGAAUGUAUCUAGGUGACCUGGAGAUACAGCCGGAUUAUACAGGGUGGUUAUACAUAUGGAACGAUAAGUGAUCUCACUCGAUUAUUUCUAAAUUAUACAAGACUAUAGAAUAUAUUUUUUGUAUGACUCGAUGACUCCUGAACAAAAACAAAGGGUAAUAUUUUGGUGUUAUACACAGAUUUUGGCUAUAAAAAAUACAUAAUUUAACUAAUUAAGACAUGACAAAAAAACUGAGGUAUGUCUCGUUUCUGUCGGGUCUGGGUUUUUUUUGUAUGAGGCGUGACCGUUCUUCUUUAUGUGAGGUCUUCUCCUCAGCCUGGUUAUAGGUUAAGACAGCCGCAAGCAAUAGUUUAAUGGUUUUUAACUUGGGACGCGCCCCGCGUUGUUGUGCUUUUUGACCCGCGCUGUGUGAGUGAUUGGAGUAUCCGUUUGGUACUUGGAUUAAAAUGCUGAGUGGCAUAAUAAUAUGAUGGUGUUCUCACCAUUGUGUGAAGUAUUGAGAUAAGUUCCCUAGCAAUAUUUAUACAGGGUGUUAGGUAAAUGGGUAUAUGAGCCGACACUAGCCCAUGUUAACAUGGGCAUAUAAAUGGUAUGGUGAAGUCAGAAAUUUGAUAUCAUCAUUUUAUUUUUUUUAAUUUUCAUACAAAAUAAAUUUUAUGAAAUCCGAUUUGUAUGAAAAUUAAAAUAAUUAAAAUGAAGAUAUCAAUUUUCUGACUUCAUCAUACCAUUUAUAUGCCCAUGUUAGUGUCGGCUCAUAUACCCAUUUACCUAACACCCUGUAUAGGGCGAUACACUACAUAUUAAAUUGUCCCAUGCGAAACCGGGGUUGUUGGUAGUAGAACUUUAAUAAUUCUAUUGCUUGCGACUGUUUUUUUCCUCAUUUACAUAAACUUGAGGAUUUAUCUUUACAUAAAUAAAAACAAUGUCUAUUUAGCCCUAAUAUAGAGUUGUAAUUAUUACUUUUGGUCCUAGUAUAAAGUUUCAUGUGUACCUAUUAUUUCAUUUCGCUUUUAUGCAUUUAAUCAUAAAUGUGGUGAAGAUUUACGAUAAUAAGUGUUCUAAUUUGUUGUUUUUGUAAAGAUUGUAAUUAGCCACCAAUCGACUAUCAGUUAACAUUUUUAGUAGUAAAUUGCUUACUUUUUGUUUCCCUCAGAAUCAUUCCCUGCAGUCCUUAUAAAAGUCAAGUGACUAAAUAAGUAGUGAAUUAGCAGUAUAGCAGGUUAAUGUAUGCCUGGCUGGUUUUGUUUAAAUAGUAAACAUUGACAGGAACCUCAUUAUUUGUUCAGUUACAUCAGUUUCACAGUGGCGUGAUGAAUUUUGCAAAAAAUUUUGGCCCUCAAUAUAAAAAUGGCAACAAACCUAUCUGACCUUUACACCACACAACUUUUUUAAACAUUUUUCUAGUUUAACGAAACUUCACACUUCUUACAGCCAGCUAUAAAUAAAGCCAAUAAGGUAAAUAUUUUUUUUUAAGAAACCUCAAAAACAUUACAUUUAUUACCGUGGAUCAUUAAAAGAGUAAAACGAUUAUAUUAUUUUAUCAAAUCUCUUUUUUACAUUAGGCAUUGCAUAUAUCGCAUUCGCAUGUGCCCAUGCACGAGUAAGUUCGCUCACCUUACCAAAUGAAAGGAGCCAAGGAGGUAAUAGUGCAUAGUAGCUGCUGGAACAACCUGAUGUAACUGAACUAUGAGAUUGCAGCAAAAAAUGGAUACGAUUUGCGGCCGGCUAGUUCAAUCGAUAUCGAAUGUCUUUAAAUAUAUUAUAAUGUAUUCAGCAAAAGCGAUCUUCUCUACACAUAUCACAAUAUUAUUGAUUAAUUAAAAAAACAUGUUAAUUGUAAUUAUUCCAUUUUGUUAGGUUCCUUACUGCGUACUAACAUAAAUAAUGCUUGCCCCUAAUGUGAGAGGGAUUAGUGGUAAUAUGAAUCAAUAUGCAAUAUUUUACAUAAAUGUAUUGAAAUAUUUAAAUAUUAUGUACUUAGUAUUUUCACAUUAAUAAUAACCGUGCCUUCACUCUCACUUGAUCUGAAAAUACGGUAAAUGUAUCUGUGUCGACUAUUUAUUCGAUUCGGCCAUUAUAAGUAGUUUUAUAGGAAUACAAACCUGUGCCGCGUUUUUUGUAUUGAUAUUUUAAAACUAUCGUAAAUACUGUUGUAUUCAUAAAAUAGAUGCACCAUAAUGGUUUUUUAAAGCCAUUGCGUUUGCGUGUUUAUGCCUGUAAAAUAUCUAGUAUGGUGAUACAAUACAUACAUGCAUGCGGAGCUUAGAACGAGGGCGUAGGCGAACAGAAACUAUAUUUUGUGAUAGAUAUAUUGUAACGUUCACCAUUGUGCGCUUAAAAUAUUUAAUGAGAAUGCACUGAUCCCGCGCCGUACUGCAUACCCAUAUGGACUAAUCGUAACGUUGUCGUAUUUUCAAAUAAAGCUGUGCUGUGAAUAUUGUCAGCAUCUCACCAUAAGUAAAGAGCGAUGGAGCUAUUUGAAAACUUAAAAGCGUUCUGAAGCUACAAGAUAAGGCAACUACUUAUAUUGCUCCAUUCAAGUCAAAGUUGCUCCAUUACCGACAGUGCAGCACCUUGGAUAGUCCUGCAGAGUGCGCGCCGAAAGUCAAACGUGUGUAUUUUUACUUUUUACACAUUGUACUUUCUGGGCUCGUUAAAUGCCUUUGCUAGAUACAAAUUAAUGUGCCUGCAGUAACCAAGCUUCACGCCCUGAUUUGAGCUCCGCGCCGCGCCAUUGUUCAAUCAUUUGUCUUAACGUCCCGAAUCGAAUUCAAGUCGCACAUAGGUACACAUUAUAGUGAAAUUAUUUCACGUUAUUAUUUCAGUGGCCACUAAGAUUGCAAAACCCAUUCAUCAUACAUACUACUACCAUAGAACAUGUAAAUACAAAGAUACUUGCACAGUGGGAGUGUCAUACAGCAAGUGAGGUUAUCGCUUCUUAAAUAUUAGGAUUUUAUGCGGCUGGUCUGGCUUCAGCUGAGCUUAACAUAUUGAAAUAAGUAUCAUUUUUGGUCGCGUCGAAAUAAUUUUCCAUGAUGAAUCUACUUAUUGUAUUGGGGUUGGUAUAUUUAGUACAAGUUCAUGAUUUUAUAUUAGGUCUUAUUUACAAUGAACGAAGCUCAGCUAGGUCGAACUACUUUGCAGUGCGAAGUGUGAAAUAUACGACAAAAUAGAUAUAUUUGUAAUUUAACCGUGGAUCUGUUUUUUAACACCACGACUAAUAUUCUAUGUAACUCUAGAGUCUAGAGUUACAUAGAGUCUAGACCUUGUCAUGGUUCAUAGCACCUUUAAAUCGUAGAUUUGUGUCAGUAUGAUUAGACAGAUUUAAUUCUUGAUUAUUAUUGCAUUUCAUAGACAUUAUGUUACGGUAAAAAUAAUAUCUUUAUUGAGGCAGUCUCGCUUAAAAUGUUUAAUGAAUGUGGAUAAUUAUUUUGAAAUUUCCUUUUAUAAAGUUAAUUGCAUAUUAAAUUUCAUUGUUGUAUUAAACAAAUUGUGGCAAAAUGCCGAUGUGUCUAGUAAAAAUAAAUUAUUUUAUGAAGUUGCAUUAAUCACACAUUCGGGCAGUCAAAGUAAAAUAACACUUGAGUAGACAAAUUUUCAUACACAAUAUUGGUCUUUUAUUUUUCUAUAUUAUAUUUUCGAAAACUUUUAAGCGUGAAAGAAAUUAUCAACAUUUAACUUCAUUUUUGCGAUGAGAAAAUACUUCAAUAAAUCAACAAUUUGAUGAUAUUUUGUAACAAUGAUUAUUGUUGUUGCGUUGGUUCCAUCCAACUGACUCAAUAGUAAUAAAGAGACGACGCAGUAAUAUUGUCAUCUUCGAAAAGUAUAGUUAAUGCAACCUGAAACAUUAUUUUUACUUGACUUCAGAGGACACCGAUCGCGCUAGACAAAACAGACCAAAGGAGUGCCUGUCUGUCCGUUGAUAAAUUUGCUUGACCCAGAAUGUUGUUUUUUGUGCAAGAAAUAAAUUUGUAUUCACUAAUUUUCUACAUAAUUUAAAUUUUGAUUUGUAAUUUAUGAUGACUUGAUACAUCGCGGUAGAUCGGUGUGCAUGCAUCAAAGUAGGUAAUAAUAAUUAUAUAUAUAAAUAAAUGUUUCAUGUUUUCGGUGUUUCUAUUGCAAUAUAGGGAAAAUUCACUCCAUGAUUUAUUUAAUGCGUGUUUACAGUGGAACUGAUGUUAACCUAAAUUCGCUUGAUCCAUGGAAGACCAAAUCAAUGUGGUAGCACUUACAUAGUAGCAGUUGGUCGUGACAGUACUCAGUAUAAAGGAAAGUGAUCUUAUCAAUUUAAACCGUAUUAUGUUGAUAAUGUACGAAAAUUUAGUUGCAAUUAUUUUUAAUGUGUCUAUGAUAACGUAUGUACAUUCUUGCUGCUUUGGUAUUAGUAAUGUAAAAAAAUAUUUUAUUUAUUUCGGGAUAUGAAGAAGUAUUUGAUUGAAGUAAGGCCAUUCGAGAAACCAUUCUUAGUUUUUAUUUUUAAUUAACAAUAGAGAACCUUUUAAUUAAAUUUUCUGUAUGGUAUUGUUGUUAUAUUAAACUAUUAUGCUAUAUUGUAUCGUUUUCUGAAAUAAAAGACUUAAUUUAUGA